CUCAUGAGGAAAGAAUUGCACUUCCCAGACUCUCCCCGAUAGUGUUUGGGCUGCGGCUGGUCAUCAUGCUAAACCAGCUGCUUUGCUAUACUCUGACCUCUCAGCUUCAUUUGCUCAGGGGCGGGGGGGGGGGGGGAAUUAUGUUUGUGAGGCGCCUGGAAGAAAACCACUAGGCCGAGAGGCGGAACACAACGCUGGCAAAUAAGGAAUGAAUACCCACAGAGAGGUUCGUACUUUGCAACCCUUUCAGGCCUGCCCGUGUUCGUCUAUCAAUCCACCCACUCUUUCACUGCACGGCAGGGGCGGGUGGGAGCCGAGCCGGAGGUGGCGGCCUCCUCUCCCCGGCGGCGAGCAAGCGGACGCCUCCGUCACUCGGCCGCUGCAGCAGGAGCCGCCGCCGCCGCCGCUUCCUCCGCCUCUGCCGGCUGUUUUUCCAGGAGAGACGCCGCUCGCUUGCCACAGCUCUGGGAAGGCCUGCGCGGAGCGAGGCAGGGAAAGGUUGGCAGAGGAGCGCCUCCUUCCCUUCCUCAUCGCUGCAAGCUGGAGCGCGGGAAGCCGGGAAGGAGAGCGGCGAGCGGUGCAGAGGGUUGAACUUGGGCCUCAAAGCCAAGUUCCUGUCAAGAUCCCUGAUACCCUCCUGUAGUCUCAGUCUGUUGGGAGAUGGAAUCAAUCACUAUGCUGGGAAGUCCUAAAAACUUAAGUGAAACUUUUUUGCCAAAUGGUGUAAAUGGUAUCAAAGACAACAGUAAAACUACAAUUGGCAUAAUUGGAAGUGGGGACUUUGCUAAAUCGCUGGCAAUCAGGCUUAUCAGAUGUGGGUACCAUGUGAUUGUGGGAAGCAGAAACCCCAAAUUUGCUGCUGAGUUCUUCCCACAUGUUGUUGAUAUCACUUAUCAUGAAGAUGCUGUAGCCAAAGCAAAUUUAAUCUUUGUUGCCAUACACAGACAACAUUACAGCUCUUUGUGGGACCUCAAACGCCUGCUAGCUGGUAAAAUCCUUGUAGAUGUCAGCAACAACAUGAAAGUCAACCAGUAUCCAGAAUCCAAUGCAGAAUACCUGCAGUCUCUUUUCCCAGAAGCCAUUGUUGUCAAAGGAUUCAACGUUAUUUCAGCUUGGGCACUGCAGUUAGGACCAAAAGAUGCCAGCAGACAGGUAUGUUAUGUCUACAUAUGUAGUAACAGCGUUCAGGCUCGUCAACAAGUUAUUGAACUUACUCGCCAGCUAAACUUUAUCCCCUUUGAUUCGGGUGCUCUGUCGGCUGCAAAGGAGAUUGAAAAUUUACCCCUACGACUCUUCACGCUGUGGAAAGGGCCGGUAGUCGUGGCGGUUAGCCUGGCUACUUUCUUCUUCAUCUAUUCAUUCAUCAGAGAUGUCAUACAUCCAUAUGUGAGAAACCAACAGAGUGAUUUCUACAAGAUUCCUAUUGAGAUUGUGAAUAAGACAUUGCCAGUUGUUGCUAUUACUUUACUGUCGCUGGUAUAUUUAUCGGGGCUCCUUGCAGCUGCUUAUCAACUUUAUUAUGGCACCAAAUACAAACGAUUCCCACCCUGGUUAGAGAACUGGUUGGAAUGCAGAAAACAGCUUGGACUGCUUAGUUUUUUCUUUACAACCGUGCAUGUGGCUUACAGCCUCUGUUUGCCCAUGCGAAGAUCAGAACGCUACUUGUUCCUUAAUAUGGCGUAUCAGCAGGUCCAUGCAAGUGUUGAAAAUUCAUGGAAUGAGGAAGAAGUGUGGCGCAUCGAAAUGUACGUCUCCUUUGGAAUAAUGAGCCUUGGUCUGCUUUCAUUGUUGGCUGUAACUUCUAUUCCUUCAGUAAGCCAAUCUUUAAAUUGGAGAGAAUUCAGUUUUAUACAGUCUACACUGGGAUACGUUGCUCUGCUCAUAAGUACUUUCCACGUGUUAAUUUAUGGAUGGAAACGAGCCUUUGAAGAAGAAUACUACAGAUUUUACACACCGCCAAAUUUCAUUCUUGCACUGGUCUUACCAUGCACAGUAAUUUUGGGUAAGAUAAUUUUGCUUUUGCCUUGUAUAAGCAGAAAACUGAAACGGAUAAGAAGAGGAUGGGAGAAAAGCCAGUUUAUGGAAGAUGGAAUUGGAACGGCUUCAUAUCCCUCACCAGAAAGGAUUACAGUCAUGUGAUUGUAUCGUAGCACUGUUACCCCUGUCAGCAUUGUCCCUUUCAAGGAAGUUUAGCUCAUGAAUUCCCAUAAACCUUCUGUAAACUGGAAGCUUUGUCUUUGAAGGUAUGGUAGAGUGUAUUGUAAAAGCAAUCAGUCAAAAAAUGAGCAGCCUUCUAAGAUGCCGAUGUGCAUUGCCAUCCAUAUCUUUAUACAGACAAAAGUGCACAUCCUUGUAUUCGGACAAGUGCUACUACAAAUGGUUUUGUGUGGAACAGUGGCUAUGUCCAGUGUCUGCCUGUCUGCACCUCUUUUUCUCUAUAUUGAGGCCAUAUAAACACUGGGUUUAAA